AUGGCAAUCAUGAUGCGUCAACCAGCGAACGCGUCCGCCGUCAGCCUCAAUGCUAACGCCGGGAGUGCAUACGGGUCGACGGCCUCUCUGACGCAAAAUGCGGCCGCCCCGGGCAUUGACGGCCCCUCACGGUUUUCAGAAAACAUUGGAGGGCCGGAAGAGUCAGCGGCAGCGGCGAGGGCGGCGAAUGCAAGAGGUGCUGGAGCAGGCGCGGCGGGUGCGGGUGCGGCAACUGGAGCAGCAGCUGCGCCGAAGAAACCGAUAUACAAGAGGCGAUGGUUUAUCAUUGCCAGCAUCAUUAAUGCAUGUAUCGGCAUCGCCCUCCUCUUCAUUAUCCUGUACCCGGUCGUCGCGGCCAUCGCGCAGUCCAUCAUCAACAAGAGCGUCCUUCAUGUCGAGCACGCGGACAUCUCGAAUCCCACCAACACCUCGUUUACUCUGGGGUUGCAGGGCAUCGUUACUCACACCGGAAUAUUCAAGGCCAAGAUCACGUUCACCGAGCCCAUCACCGUCUCAUGGGUGAACGGCGACAACGAGACUGAGUUGGGCGUGAUGGAUAUGGACACGCUCAAGGCGAACCACCACCGGGCAACGAUCAAUGAGACGACGACGUUCAACAUCACGAACGAGGCCGGCUUCGGCGAGUUCGCUUCGGCAAUGAUCACCCAGAAGACGUUCCAGUGGAAAUUGACGAGCAGCAAGCUGAAGGUCGCCGCGCUGAAGUUCCCGGUCGCGCACGGUCUCCACUUCAAGAAGACCAUCACGCUGAACGGUUUUGACAGCUUUAACGGCAAUGUGCAGCUCAAGAACUUUUUGCUCCCGAGCGACUCGCCUCUUGGAGGUAUCAACUACCAGGCCGACACCGCUCUCACGAACCCGAGCCCGUUCAAGCUCAGUCUCGGCACGGUCGUCUUCGAUCUGUCCUACAACAACUUGUUCCUCGGGUCCGGCACCUCGACCUCGACGAACAUUGCCCCCGGCUCGAAUGACAUCACGCUCAAAGGUCGUCUCCUCCCCCAGCAGGGCGAUGAGAACAUAGCGCAGGUUUCGACCCUCUUCACGUCGUACAUAAACGGAGAGACGUCCGAUGUGAUCGCGACCGGCCAGUCGACGUUGCUCGAAGACAAUACUACUGUGUCGUGGUUGUCCCAUGGGCUACAGAGCCUCAAGCUCCACGUACCGUUCAAGUCGUUCACGCCCAUCGACCCGAUAAAAGCGAUCAGCAUCGGCGAGAUGUCGCUCGCGUUCAGCGCGACGAACCCGUGGGCGCCGAUGGCGAGCAGCGACUCGGUGAAGGCUUCCAUGCAACUGCCGUUCGGAUUCAGCGUUUCCGUGUCCGAAAUUCAGAACGCGUUCAACAUCACCCGUAACAACGCCACAGUCGCGGGCCUCAGCACCCCGCUUGGCGCGUCGACGUCGUCCAUCUCCGUCCUGAGCUCGACCGACACCAGCGGCACGAUCGAUAUCACCAUCAACAACAGCGCGCUCACCUCCGCCGCGGACGACCACGACCACUUCUCCUCAUUCAACGCCAUGCUGACCGACAGCGAGAAGGCCGAAUUUCAACUCGUGGGACAUGCAAGGGCGAUCGCGAACAUGAGCAUCGGCCUCAUCACGCUCGACCCCAUUAAGUUCAACGUGACGUCGAGCCUGGACGGGCUGCAGGGGCUGAAGGGGAUGACGACGAUCGAGGGCGUCGACGUGCUCGGCGGGACUGAGGAAGGGCUCCAAUUGGCUGUCAACGUGUCGAUAUUCAACCCGUCAAACUUGAACCUCGAUACCGGCGAUUUGACCCUCGCACUCCAGAAAGAUGGAAACGCGCUGGGCACUACGACCCUGCCCAACUUGAAGCUGAACAGAGGCAACAACUCCAUCCAGGCGACGGCCAUAUUCGCGGCGAACAGUAACCCGACGGCUCUGCAAACACUCAACAAUUACGUCGCCCGCCAGGAUGUGCCCAUUGACAUCGCUGGGGCGUCGUAUAGCACCAAAGUUGAUUCGCUGCUGCAAGCAUUCGAGACCCUCCAGAUUGGGGCAACGCUGCCCGGCCUGAAAUCCUUCCUCUUGGAUUCUGGGUCCCUCACAGUCUUGAACUCCACUGGAAAGAGCGAUAACAUUUCUCACGUCCAAGUGAAGCUGGCCAACCCAUUUACCGCUCCCCUCCAGAUUACCAAGAUCACGUCCUCGGUUACCUCGUUCGGGAUCAACCUAGGCUCCAUCGAGACGGACACGUCGUUCCACGCGCCCGGAAAGGAGGCGACCGAUUCCCCGACGUUGCCGCUGAACAUGAACCUGGAUCCUGCUUCAAUAUUCACUCUCACCCGACAACUGGCUGUGGAAGCUGGGCUGGAUACCGCCCAACUGGAUGGGAUCGUUAAACUGGGUGGAUACGAAUACCUGAACAUCGACACCAGUACCGACGCUACUCCUGCCGCAAACUCCUCCAAGAAGCGUGACAAUAUCUACACCGGGUUCAACCUGCCUGACUUCGUGGACAAGGCGUUCAAACAGUUGAGGUCGGAUGUAAAGCUUUCAACCGAUGUCACGAUCGGAAAUUACAGCACCACGCUCCAAUACACACAAACCGAUCUGCCCAUCUCAACCGACUCGAGUCUGAACGAGCUCCUGCCCAUCCUGGCAGCCCCCAUAGUCCAAAAAGUCGUAUCGGGAUCAGUCCUUGGGAUCGAUAAUGUCCUCAUCUCGGGUGUUAAGGAGGAUUCGUUCCAAACCGCAUUGAAGGGAUCGAUCACCGAAGCUGGGCCUUUUGAUGCCUCGAUCUCGUUCCCGUCCGGCCUGGUGGUGUCAUGGUCAGGCAAACCCAUUGGCAAGAUCGCCAUGGACGACCUAAAGAUCACUGGUGACGUUGGCGGUCAAAUCGAUUUGAAAUCUGCCUUCACAGUGGUAGAUUCCGCACAAUUAGCAGAGUUCUCCAAGACUCUGCUGACUGAGGAGUCUUUCGAUUGGUCCAUCUCGGGGGAGAAUUUGAGUGUCUCUGCAUUGGGCAUCGAGGUUACUGGAAUCACCUUCGGUCCCGCAUCGGUAACAUUGAAGGGAUUCAAUGGGCUCAAGGGUGGCGUAAAGAUCAAUAGUUUCGACCUUCCCGCCAAUGACCCCGCCGGCGGCGUCAAACUCACCGUCGACUCUUCCGUAGCCAACCCCUCGCAAGUUGGCAUAGAGCUCGACUCCCUGACGUUCAACGCCUUCGCCAACGAUACCCAAAUUGGGGUUUUGACGUCGAACAGCAGCUUCACUCUUUCAUUUGGCUCGACAAUAGACCUAGGUCUUGCAGGACGUCUGAUCCCUCAAGAGUCCUCGGAUGGGUUGGCGACGGUGGCAACCAUCUUCAACAACUUCAUCCACGGCAAGGAUAGUCCGGUGUCUGUGCAUGGCCAGAGCGUGCAGCCGGAUGUGUCUUGGCUCAGCUCUGCUAUCCCGUCUUUGCAGGUCGAUACGACGCUGCCAAACCAAGGCGUUCUGGACCUCAUUAAAUCGAUCACACUGGAGCAGUUGCAGUUGAUGUUUACAGAGAAUUCCGCUUAUGGCCCCUCCUCCGGAAGCAAUGCUACGGAGGCAGCGUUCACCCUGCCAUUCGCUCUUCCGGUUGAUAUCAUCGCCUUGGAGGGAGAUUUCGUAGUCACUGUCGAUGGCGUCUCCGUCGCUGAAUUGCAAAUCCCGAUGAGCCCGGCCACAACGAAUGUGGACACUCGAGUCCUUCAGCUGAAAUUUGACGACGUGCCAUUCGCUGCUUUCGGUGACAAGCAUGAUGCCUUCAAUCAGUUCGUCGCCGCCGUCACGACAUCGAAAACGGAGAAGUUCCAUCUAUCCGGGACAAGCAACGUUAAUGCCAAAACUGGCGUCGGCGUGCUUCCGCUCACGGACAUCGCGUUUUCAGUAGACACCUCGAUCGCUGGGCUACAGGGACUGAACUCUAAGCCGACAACGGUUGGCUCAUUGGACGUCGUGCAUGGCUACUCGGAUUUCCUGCUUAUUAGCACCUCGGCUUCAUUGUUCAAUCCAAGUAAUCUGACAAUCGGCAACUUCAACCUGAUUUUCGAAAACGCGGAUAUUGGAUCGGCACUUAUGGACGGUCUCGUGAUAGUUCCUGGAGCAGCCAACUACAGCGUUGAUGUGCACUUCUCACCGCAGGGAGACGCUGUAUCAACCGGAGUUAAACUCCUCGAGAAUUAUAUCUCAGGUAUCGACUCGAGUACAACAAUCGCCGGAUCGACCGAUUCAACGCCUAUCCAAUCGCUCAAGACCGCGCUAUCUGAAAUUUCUUUGUCUCCGGUCAACAUUGCUGGCAUCAAUAUUACCCUGAUUCCGUCCACUUCGUUGACAUUCCCAACGGAUAUUCUUAAGACGGGGGUUUCCGAUGCUACGUUCGAUCUCAACGACCCUUUCACCGCCUCUUUGAACUUGCUUGUCGUGACCGCAACCGCCACAUAUCGCAACCUCACUCUCGGAAAGAUCGAUCACGUCGACCGAACAUCGAACCCAAUACAUGCCAAUGGACACUCACAGAUCACUUCGCCCACGGUACCGUUGAACUUCAACCUGCAGCCGGACGUCAUCGUCGCACUCCUCCUCGACCGAUCCCAGGAUACCGGCACUGAUCUCGGACCACUCCCUGAUCUGUUCGCCUUGGGAGCGAAGAACCCGGACGCAGGCUCAGUGAUCAAUGUUACUAUCGAGACCGACCCACCAACAUGCGUCAGCGGAACGCAAUUUGACGUCGACGAUGCGAUCCUCAAUGCUCUGAACGGCUUGCGCAUAGACCUAGCGGUCGAUUCGUCGCUCAAGAUUGACGACUACCCGGUGGAAUUGUCUUUCAAUCAGUCCAAUGUACCCGCCUUGACGGAUAAAACUGCAUUGUACUUGGUCGGAGCUGUCGCGCCCCCCAUCGUUCAGUCUUUGGUGGAUCAAGCGGAGCUAGUCUUCAGCCAGGCGCUCAUCAGUAACAUCACCGAGGACGGUUUUGAGCUCGCACUGAAGGGCUCCUUGACCAAUAUCGGUCCUCUGGAUGCUCUGAUUACAUUCACGGAACCAGUCACCGUCACAUGGGAAGGCCAAGAUAUUGCUCAGAUCGGACUAGAUCCGAUUUGCGGUGCAGCAAAUACCGGUGUACCUGACUAUGAGACAAGCGCCCACUUGACGAUCACUGAUCAGGACAAGUUUACGGACUUCGCCUCGUUCCUUCUCCUUCAGUCAUCGUUUACGUGGAACAUUCAUACCGACAAACUCAGAGUGACGGCUCUAGGUACCAUCUUCGAUGGAGUAACUUUAUCCAAGAACGUCACUUUCAAGGCGUUCAAUGGCCUCCCUGGCGUGACCAUUAGCAACUUCCAGCUACCGGGUGACGUUGACGAAGGAAUUGAGAUCGAGACCGAUUCCACAAUUCCAUCCCCUGCGCAGAUCGGCAUUGGAUUGGGUACAGUGGAAUUCAAUUCGUUCUUUGAUGGCGUGCUUGUCGGUCCCUUGACUGCCAAUAACCUGAAUCUCGCUCCGGAGUCGAUUGCCAAUGCCCACCUUUCUGGCCACAUCGUUCAGCAGAACGGCUCGGAUCUCGAAACGAUCGGAACUCUUUUCUCGAAUUUCCUUGCAGGAAAAAACCAGACAUUGGAUGUCAAGGGAUUAUCCAUCCAGCCUCCAGGGGCCAGUAGUCCUAUUGAAUGGCUGAGUACUGCCUUCAAGUCGCUAACUAUCAACGUCACUCUUCCUGGUCAGACCUUCACCAUCAUCCAAUCUAUCGCACUGGAAGACUUCAAGGUUGAGAUGACUACUGAGGACGAAGCGUUUGCACCGUUGGCUAGCUCUCAGACCGUCUUGGCAACGUACAAGAAUCCGUUCGGAUUCAGUCUGCAGGUCAUCAAGUCCGGAGAAAACAUCACUUUAUCGUCAAGUGGAGUCUCCAUAGCUUCUCUUGAGCUCCCCCUCGCGGAUGCAGUCGGCGGGGUCUCGACGGGAAAUGUGGCCCCUUUAGAUCUUUCGUUCAACAAGGUACCUCUGAAAGCGCUGAACAAUGGUGCCUUCGAGCAAUUGUUCGCGGGAGUGACGGAUACGAGUGAAGCGGACUUCCGUCUCGGCGGAACCGCCAACGUCGUAGCUAAGACGACCAUCGGAAACGUGCCGAUUUCCGGUAUUCCGUUCGAUGUCCCGUCGGGACUCAAAGGCAUUAACUCAUUUGGUGGUUCGACCAAGUUGAGCAACGUGACGAUCACAGGCAGCGGUGGAAAUGGCGGAGACGAGUUCGUCAAAGCACCGUUGACAACCGAACUCAACAAUCCGUCUAACGUCUCCCUGUCUACGAACGAUGUCUCGUUAUCCGUAACAUACAAGGAUGUUGUUCUAGGCCGCGCCGCGUUAAAUCCGUUCAACCUCACUCCCGGGACCCACGAUUACCCUGCCGAGUUUCAAUACGCACCUGCCGACGCCAAUGACACCACCGCCCAGAGUUUCCUCACGGACUUCCUCCAGACAAGCAAUGAUUUGCCCCUCACCAUCCAAGGCGACAGUUCUUCAUCGCCGUAUGGCUCGCUUGUACCCGCUCUUGAAGGUGUCAAACUCUCGUCCAGCCUCACGGGGAUGGAUGUCCCGCCGAUAAUCUCACACGUCAACGUCUUCAUCACGCUCGAGACCUUGUUCACGAACGAAGUCGACGUCAACUUCGAUAUCACCAACCCGCUCGAUACGGAGCUGGUUGUCGAGCUCGCUCAGUCGGACGCGAAGGUGAACGGGGACACGUUCGCGAUAUUCACGCAGCCGUUCUCGUCAUUCGUCGUCCCCCCGCACAGUACGGCGAACAGCGGGACGUUCCCCCACGUUUUGCUCGUUAAGGGUGCGCUCGCUAGCUUGGGCAUCAUUCCUCUUGGGUAUUUGGACAUAUCUGCGGCGACGAGUGUUCGCGCCGGCUCCGGCGGGUACUUGAUCCCCUGGCUCAAGCUGCAACAAGACCAUGUACCUACUGACUACUCCGUGUCCCUUACCGACGCAGACAUAGCGUCGGCGCUCGCAUCCGGGGUCAGUUCCGUGGCGUCUGCCGUGAAGAGCGACGUGUCCGGCGUCGUUAGCCAUAUCAGCAGCGAUGUGUCAGGCAUCGUCAGCCACAUCAGCAGUGACGUGUCCGGCGUCGUGAGCCACGUCUCCAGCGCCAUAAGCCACGCCGCGAGCGAUGUGAGCUCUGUGGUCGGCGGGAUCACGAGCGCGGUAGGAGACGUGACGAGCGCGAUAGGAGGAGACAUCACGAGCGCGGUCGGAGGGCUGACGCAUGGACUGGCGUCGCCAACGCAGGCACCAUCGAGCAGCGCGGCGGACAAGGCGUCCUCAGUCGUAUCUGGCGUCGAAAGCAAAGUUACGGCGGCGGCAGGCGCGUUCACCUCUGCCCUUUUGAAAGCGCCGGUGUCCAGCGGGGAGGCGGCUUCGGCAUCUUCCGCUUCGACAUGAUAGUAGCCGGAUCAAUCCGGACGAAGAUCUACGAACACUCCCUUCCGGGUUUCCGAAACUUUUUACGGCGUGCUUUUUUCUUCUUCCUGCUAUCGGACCGUUCAUCUGGAUGCCUUUUUAUACCUAUACUACUCAGUCAUCCCGACACCGCAU